AACAGUUUCAAACUACCACCCGGACGUGGCCAAACGUCGGCGAGUGAUGAUGACAACGUAGAUGUCAAAUGUGGCUUUUUCUCUGCAGCUAACAAGCUUCUGUAAAGACUUUAAACCUGAAGUUAUGGCUUUAAAUCAUCUGAGCCUGCUGCGACCUCUGCUGUGUCAGGCCCUGGUGCGACAGUUCAGGUCUCCCCUCGUGGCCACCUCCAGGGUCAGUGUAGCGCUACCGCCGCCCAGCACCACCUGUUACCCUGCUGCAUGCACCAGGUUCUAUGCCACCAAGAAGGCAAAAGCAAAGGCAAAGGGCCAGUCAGCUAAGAUGAAUAUUAAUUCAGCUCUGGUGGAGGACAUCAUCAGUCUGGAUGAAGUGAAGGAGGACAUGACAGCUGUUCUCAGUGCGCUCAAAGAUGACUUCACACGCAACCUCAGCAUCCGAACCUCUCCAGGAGCUUUGGAUCACAUUGUGGUGACAACUCAAGAUGGAAAGUUCCCUCUCAACCAGCUGGGUCAGAUCUCCAUGAAAUCACCUCAGCUCAUUAUGGUCAACAUGAGCAGCUUCCCUGAGGCUACAACGGCUGCCACCCAUGCCCUGAGAGAGAGUAGCAUGAACCUAAACCCAGAGGUGGACGGGACAAUCAUCAAGGUGCCUGUUCCCAAAGUAACACGGGAACACAGAGAGAACCUGGCCAAGCUGGCCAAACAGUUCAGCAACAAGGCUAAAGACUCACUGAGGAGGGUGCGAUCUAACGCUGUGGCACAGGUCAAAAAGGCGAAGGAAGGACACUCUGAGGACACCAUACGACUCGUAGAAAAACAGAUUCAGCAGAUGGCAGACAACAUUGCAGCGGACAUUGACAAACAGCUCGCAAGCAAGACCAAGGAGCUGUUGGGCUGACAGUAAAAAGAGUAACGCAGGUCAUCUUUCUGAUACUGUAUCAUCUGGUUAUAGCUCAACCUACAAAUGGACAUACACAACAGGAGCAACAUAUCAGUCUUAAAUGUUGGUAAUAGACAGUGACUGGAUCACGUUGAGGAAGUAGUUUUUGAAUCCCACAGAUAAACAAGUUUUGGAGCCUGUAGUACAUGUUUGGGUUCUCCUGGUAGACACUGGGCUUUGGUUCCUGUCCAAAUCACUGGCAAGGAUCUUCUCUUUGCUGCUGCGGGAUAUUUGUGUUUAACCGACAGGGCAUAAAAAGACAUUGGCAUGGAAACAGCAACGACAGACUGCCGGUCACCUCCCUCCUCCCUUGUUACCCUUCCUGUCUUCAGACAAACUCCGAGCGAGGGACGAAUGGACUUUUAAUGGGAUUUGUGGGCCUCCUCUGAAACAAACCCUUUGCCACAAGGGCUGUCUGUUUAUGUAAAACAAGCACACCCGUCUGAAUGUAAACUGGCUGCAGGUCUGUCAUGGUGGCAAGAGCGAGAGAGAAAGGGAGAGAGAGUUUAUUCCAGAGACGCAGGAACCAACUGAACAGAUAUCAUUAGCGUGUUGCCAAACAUUUGUUUCACAUUGAUUCAAAGUCUGUUAAAAAUGCACUUGAGAAAAAAAAAAAGCUCUUUAAUUUCUGCCCAUGUCUAGGAUUGAUAAUACGGCUACUCGCUUUUAAACACAAUAAAGUUGGGAAAGUAACAUUAUUGAUGGACUCCAUUAAAGAAACACUGCUUUGUA